UUCCACGACCACCGCCCCAUCCCGCUGUUACUUGUGUGGAUAGUUUGCAACAGUUUCAAUAAAUUUCCGGAAGCAAGAGGAGGAGGACAACAACCAACAACAGCAGCGAUGGCGACAAAGGAUGAAGAGGUGGACGUGUUGCUGACUGGGUUUGAGGUGUUUGGACGCCACACCAUCAACCCUUCCUGGGAGAUUGUCAAGACGCUCAACGAUAUGCCCUUGCAUGGGCUGAAGGUGCGAGCGCACCUACUCCCCGUCGACUAUGCUGGCGUGGACGAGAGCUACCCGAAAAUCCUGGCGCAGUAUCCAAACUUGAAGCUGAUCAUCAACUGUGGCGUGGGGUCAGCGGGCUCCCUGCAGCUCGAGCAGAUUGCACGCAAUGGGCCAUACACCCGCCUGGACAACAGCAACUCGGCCCCUGCUACUGAACUCUGCAGAGCAGAGGACGACCCCUCCUUUGUCCGCAAAACCACGCUGCCACUGGAAGACCUUGUUGCGGACUUGACGCGGGCCGCACCCGACUUGCAGCUCAAGACCUCCACUGACGCCGGCCUCUUCCUGUGUGAAUACACGUUCUACAACAGCUUGAGGGCGCAGCGCUGCCCUGCCGUUUUCUUCCACGUGCCUCCGUAUGGAAGCCCGUACUCGGAGUCUGUGCUGAGACUGCACGCGUUCAACGUUUUAUCCCGCCUCGUGCGCCACAUCGCCUCUGCAUCACCAAAGGCCCUGCGCCCAAAGGUAGGCCUGGCAGUCCUGGUGACGAGCAAGGCGUACCCUGGAUGCGUCAUCGUUGGCCGGCGCAAGUCCGCACACAGCGAUGGCAACCCGACCGGCAAGGGCUCAUGGGCUCUCCCGGGCGGCCAUCUUGAGUUUGGAGAGUCGUUUGAAGCGUGUGCAGCGCGCGAGGUGGCAGAAGAGUGCGGCCUGAACGAUCUGACGCGCGUGCGCCACGUCGCCACCGUCAACAGCAUCGACAAGACGUCCAACUACCACUACGUCGUGCCGUUCGUUGCAGCGGAGACGAGCGGUGAGCCCGUGGCCAUGGAGAAGGACAAGUGCGACGCGUGGGAGUGGCGGCGGUGGUCCGAUCUUCCGCAACCACUCUUUGCGCCCCUCGCACAGCUCAAGGCAACGGCCUUUGACCCGUUUGCAAGCAGCAGCAGCAAUGGCAUAGGCAACGGCCUGCAAGACGACAAGCACGACACCAACAGCACGCAACCCGCAUAGCUUGUGUGUCUGUCUGUCUGUCUGCAUUUCUGUGUGCAUGUCUGUGUGUGUGUGUGCGCGCGUACAUUUUAAUGGGCAUGUCCAGGCAUUGAUGAAGUGUGCGUUUAAUGACGUGAGUCCACGCGGGCGCAGCAGAGGAGCAAGUUCAGACAUGGGAGCAUGAAUGCAUGAACAAAAAAAAAAGGCACGCACGUGCGUAUGUUGUAAAAACACAAAACGCGUGGUGCGUGUGAAGAAAGCACACAAAGAAUAAAUGCCAUGAUGGG